ACAAGUAGAUUAUAUUAAAACGUAAAAUGCUAGAAGGGUAAAAGAAAUCAAAACACGCAUUGCACCAUGGUGUGCCAUAAGGGUAACGUGUCUGCUUAUUACUGAUGGGUGUUUUUGUAUUCGAUCAUUUUACUGUUCUUAUUUUUAGAUUUUCUCUCUCGGUUAGGUGCUUGCAGACAGUGGUCACUGAAAUGGAGGCUCAGUUCUUUCGGUUUCUGAAGAUAGUCGGGGUUGGUUUCAAAGCUAGAGCGGAAUCAGAAGGACGUUUAUUGUUUCUGAAACUGGGGUACAGUCAUGAGGUGGAGUUAUCGGUGCCUCCUGCUGUUCGAGUAUUUUGUUUCAAACCCAAUAUCGUUUGUUGUACCGGAAUAGACAAGCAAAGGGUGCACCAGUUUGCUGCUGCUGUUCGUAGUUGUAAACCCCCCGAGGUUUACAAAGGCAAAGGUAUUAUGUAUGUUGAUGAGGUUAUAAAGAAAAAGCAGGGCAAGAAAUCAAAAUAACGUCACUUUUUUAUUUUAUGUUUAAUCAUCUUUUUAAAUAUUUAUUUUAGAUAAAUUAUGAGGAUACAAAAUGAAUAAUUGUACUUGUGACAUCUUUUGUUAAGAUAUUUCUUUCUUGUAAAUUUUUUGCUUUUUGAGAAAAUUACUAUAUCUGAUUUUUAUG